AUCAGUUUAUAUGAAAGAGUUGAAGGUGGUGGACGGAAUCCUUCCUACCUGUCGCGUCAUGGCAACAGGUUGAGAAACAGACUUCACUAUGGCGAGAACCAAGGGCGCACCAGGCCGACCUUCCUUGGGGGCGCGUCACAACAACAACAACAACAACAACAACAACAACAACAACAAGAACAAGUCUAUGCAGAAUGGAUUGUACGUUCAUUCAUCACCACCAAAAGCCCUGAACAGCGACAAUGGUCCGGCCUCAGCCAAGAUCAGGGAGUACAUCAGGGCCGCGGAUGUGGAGGCCCUGGAAGAAAUUAUCCUUCAGGGUCAAGGGUCAAAGCUGGUCAAUCAACAUGCCACUGACCAGAAAGUCCGGAGCUUCCUUAAGACUGUCCCUUCUUAUGUGUCAAAGAUAGACCUUCUGCACGACGCGGUAGAGAAGGGGAACUUACGUGAACUCAAAGCCCUUUUAGACCGGAGGAAGCUGGCCCGCUCUAAGGACGCACAGGGCGUGGGUCUACUGCAUAAAGCUACAGUUCACGGCCAUCGAGAUGUGGUUGACUACCUUGUGUCAAACUACCCCGAGACGCUACAAGUCACUGAUAAUGAUGGCCGUUCACCUCUACACUACUGUGCCGCAAGUCGUCUACCUGAUGAUAUGUAUAAAGUACUGUGUGAAGCUGUCGAGGAUACACAGGUAGAGGACAAUAAGGGCAAGACAGCGGCUCACUAUAUGGCCCACCCAGAGGAUAUACGUCACGUCACCAAGCGGUCUGGCAGUAAAGGAAGCGGUGGUUCCAAGGGCAAGCGGAGGACUCCACAGAAGAGGAACUCCCCUGAUGAUGGUAAAGAGAUGAUGGUAAGAGUCAGGCAGUUCUUGAAUCUCGUUCCUAGGAUGAUGACCAAGAUCAAGGAGGUACACCAAGCGGCUCUCAACGGUGACAUGGAGACCCUGGACGCUAAGGUGGAUCAGCCUGAGAUCCUCAUUGCUAAGGAUCAGAACGGUCUUAAUCCUCUACAUAAGGCUGCAGCUUUGGGCAAUAUGGAGGUGGUUGAAUGGAUAAUACAGAAGAACCAAUCCACUAUAUACACCCAGGAUAGGAAGGGUAGGACGCCUCUAUUCUACGGUGGAUUAGCGAAGGACGGAGGAGAGGUCUACAACUUGUUACUGAAGAGUGGGUCUGAUCCUACUCAUGUUGAUAAGUAUAAUAAAACAGCUGAACAUUACCGCUACAAACCCUCGGAGAUGGACCUCGGGGUGGUGUAUGAAUCACUGUCGGCACCGAGGGCGGGAGGAUCUACUUUGGAUAUUCCGUCGGGCCAAUCCAGAGGUCCGUCUAAUCAGAACUCUCGGGCGCCCUCCAGGACCAAUGGCAGGUCUCUUAACCCAAGUAGGAAAAACUCACUCGGUAGUGAUAACAAGAAGAACAAGAAAGGCGUACACAACAAGUCCAGGAGAAACAGUCAUAAGAAUGAGUACAAGGAUCUCAAGGACGUCACGGACAAGGAUAUUGAAAAGUACAUACGGGAUGGGGACGUGGAAAGCUUAGAGUACGUGAUCCUUUCUGGACGUGGGUCGGACUUGCAUGGAAGGUCCUCUUGGAAUGAACAAGUCCGUCGAUUCCUCAAAAAAGUCCCUGGUUAUGUGGAGAAGAUCACCUCACUACAUGAAGCAGCAGCUAAGGGCGACGUACGGACGGUCAAACGCCUGACGAAGGACAAUGACAAGCUGGCGAUGGCUCGAGGCAAAGAUGGCGCCGUGGCUCUCCAUCUGGCAGCUGGUUCAGGCAACACACAGAUGGUUAAACACCUCCUGAGUCUAUAUCCAGAUGGUGUUAGUGUAGAAGACCAGAAUGGUCGUACGCCGCUGCACUACGCCGGGCUAACAGGUGCCAAGGAGAGUCAAAACGUGUAUGACCUCUUGUUACGGGAGGGUGCCAGCGAGGGUGCCCAAGACCUGGAUGGCCACACCGCGGAAGAAUACCUCAAAUCCCCGAACAAAAUAAACGCAGAAAACUACAUCUCGAGCCAAUCCAGAGGGCCAUCUAGAGGGCCAUCCAGAGGGCCAUCCAGAGGGCCAUCUAGAGGGGCAUCUAGGAGUGAUUCCCAUGGCCCAUCUAGAGCUGCAACUCCUAGAACUAGUGCUGAGAGAGAUGAGGAUGUAGACAAGGCCAUUACUGCUGCUGAGGAUGAUGAGAACUAUUCACCUUUAAGUGAUUUGAUUAUGCAGGGUGAUGGAGUCAAGCUCGUAGGACAGUCAUCUCGGGAUCCUGACGUCAAUGAGUUCCUUGAAAAAGUCCCACGAUACCUGGAGUCUAUUGAGGAACUACAUAAGGCAGCGGAGGAAGGGGAGACAAGAAAGGUUAUGGGGCUUUUGGACACGCGGAAGAAAGCUUACACCAGAGACGCCAACCAUUGCAAUAUUCUCCACAAAGCUGUAGUCUACAGUCACACAGGUCUGGCCGAAUCCCUGAGCCGGAAAUACCCUGAACUGAUCCACCAAGAGGACCUGGCUGGCCGGACACCCUUACACUACUCUGGUACCCUAAGGGACGAAGGGCACCUCUACCACACACUACUGGACGCUGGAGGAGACGAGACGCGCAAAGAUCAGUUUGGUCACACUGCUGAGGAUUACUUCAAGGACCCAGACCUUUUGACUGAUUGGGACCUGAAGAAGGAGUUGGAGGAGGGACUGAGCAAUCAGGUCCCUCCUACCAGACCAACGGGAGAGAGUAGGGGCCGACCUUACACCAAGGGCAGCGAGGCAGAUGACCACAACAAGCCUGAUGACCCCGGCCGUGACCCCAGUGAACCUGAUGAUCAUGGCCGUGAACCUAGCGAACCUGAUGACCCCGGCCGUGACCCCAGCGAGCCUGAUGACCCUAGGGAAGGUCAAAACCCCAGCGAGGUCAGCGUAGGUCUCCUCACUCGUCAAAACAGUCGGGCGUCUGUCAAGUCUGAUUUCCCGGGCAUGUGGACUGAUGAUGGGCAGUACCUUACACACGCCCUGGGUGACGCAUUAAUCAGAGGACUAUCAGAGGUUAAUGAUGCUCGCCCCCCUGACCCUAUCUCUUACCUGGCCUGUUGUUUAUAUACCUACAGAUACACCAAUCACGAUCAGAAUGGGGGAUCAGGUGUGGGCAGCUCGGGGUCAGAUAGGUCAGGUGAAUUAAGUAUUGCUCUGCAGACAGCUGUUGACAGUACUGGUGGUGCUGACUCUGUUCCGACCCCACAGACCAGGGAUAAAAAAGGCCAAAGUGUCCUCCACUUCGCCGCUUCGAAACCCCACGGCAGGUCCGCUUUCUACAGACUUAUAGCGGAAUCCGGAUGUUCAUUAGCGGACAGGGACGAAGAUUACCGGACACCAAGAGACGUGGCGACAGAACACGACCUACAGGAGAACGUAACAGCUCUUGAUAAAUGGGUGAUGAACUUGGCUGCCGAGGGUAGACGGGAUGAACUAGAACAGCUGUUAAUUGAUGGUUACGACCACCUAUUAGACGUAGAGGAUGAACAAGGUAAUAACAUCCUCCAGGUGGCUGAAGAACACGGACAGAACAAGACAGUACAGUUUUUAAAAGGAUCAUUGAACUUUGAGGAAAAACGAGACUGGCUCCACAAAGCCAUACGAGUUGGCUCCCUCCCCCACGUACAGUACAUCGUCGACUCCCCGGCCAUGGCUAGUGCUAAGGACCCCAGAAGCAGGACCUCUCUACACAUAGCGACCCUGUGUGAGGAGAAGGACAUUAUGGAAUACUUAGCCAAGAGUUACCCACAGCUGUUGAAGAUUGGUGAUAAUCUGGGCCGGACACCUCUCCACUAUGCCAUGGCCGUAGAAGGGGUGGACCAAGUGGCCAAGAUACUGGUCCAGGCUGGGGCCAAACGGGUCAUCAAGGACUUGCGAGGAAGCACCCCGUCAGCCAGCUUCAUCCACCCUGAAGGUGUACGAACAUUACAAAAGCAAGAACAAGCAUUACUAAUUGACCGUCAUCUGUCGCCCAUCCCAGUAUAGAAGGAGGAAGACCCGGAUAAUCACCUGUACUUAAUUACCUGAUGUUAAAAUUAAUUAUAUCCUGAGAGGAAAGUUACCGAGCAGUUAUUUCAUGAACCGUACCGAGAUUGUUGCCAUGAUCAAGGAGGUGACGACUGACCCGGAUUAAUGGAGGACGACCUUGAGUACUACCUC